UAUCACCCAUUUCUCUAUUUGUCCGCACCUACAAACUCCAUUCUCCACGCUUAGAAAGCGGACAUGGAGAAAAUCAAGUGCUUUAGCAUCGCAAUGUCGAUACUAGCUGCCAUUUUGACGGCACCGGCGACUCCGGUCGCCGGCCAGAUCUCGAAGGCGUGCACAGGCUCGAUCAGUAGCUUCACCCCAUGCCUAAAAUACCUUAUGGCCACCGCCAUCGCCGGCGGUUCUCCGACCAAGGAGUGUUGCUCAGCUCUCACGGGGCUCAUCGGUCUCCGCAUGGACUGCACUUGCCUCAUACUCACAGGCAAUGUCCCAUUCAACGUCCCCUUCAAUCAAACACUUGCUAUGUCACUUCCCAGCAUGUGCGGAUUGAUGUCGAUCCCCCUCCAAUGCAAAGGUACAGCGAUGACACUUCCGGGUCCAGGCCCUGUCGCGUCUACGCCGGCCCUUCUUCCGCUACCUCCACUUCGAUCGGAGCCAUCGCCACCUUUGCCAUCUCCAUCAUCACCUUUGGUGCCAGCAUCUCCACCGAAGCGAUCAGGGGUACUGCCUCCGAGAGGUUUUCUCAGGGGAGACAUCCCCUUGUGCUGCUAAGUUCCAUCGUAUCUUCUCAAAAUUAAUCCAUCUUCCCACUGCUUGCGCUUGUAAUUGUGGUGUUUAUUAAGGUCUAGAAGGCAAUGUAUGGGUGUCAUCUGAUGCAUUCAUUCUUUUAGUUUUUCUAUAAAGAGUUAAUAUUUUAAAAAAAAAACAGAGAGAUGGUCAAGGGUUGAAAGGUCAUAAUUUGUAUCUCCCUACAACAAUAGUAAUAUCUUUAUCUGCAGAUACUCCCUGCGACAUGAUAAUUUUCUUUA